AUGGACAAGGACUCUGCAGGCCAUCGUGCCCGCCUUGAAUCCAUAUUCAACGGUGAGGACAUCUUUGUGGACCCCAACACACUGGAACCCGAUCAAGACGCUACCAUGGACGGAUGGAAGAGCCUCGCAGGGAACUCUAAAGAGACCAACUCAAGCAAAGCACAAAACAUCUCGGCCAGGUCCAAAACCCAAGGCGGUACCGGCAAUGAAUCUAACAGCUCUGACGGACCGACUCUUCGCAAGACCCAGAUGGCCAAGCAGCAGCAGCAGCCGAGAUCUGGAUAUCGCCAUAUGUUGCGCGCCAAGAGGCCGAACACCAGCUCCAGCGACCUAGAUGUCGACAAUGUAAUGGCAGAGGAGGUCAGGCGGACCCAAGACACGACUUGGACAGGAUUGGGACAGGGUCAACUUGCGCCACGGGAGGAGUCGUUCACUUCUUGGUUACUUAUUGAAAAGUACCCGGCCAACUUCAUUGGAAACGGCAACCGGCCUGCAGCCUCCAAGUACUUUCAGACGCCGGCGAUUUAUAACAAUCAGAUUUGGGAUUUUUACUACAUUCAAAAUCCGGAUCCCGGAAGAUUGCCUGUCCUGCUUGUUCCGACAAAACAGCUGCAGCAUCUCCUCAACUAUACCAACGCCGCCCUAGGUAUCAACCUGACUAUCCCCAUCGGCAUUAACGCCGAUAAGUUCAGGGUCCGGUUCGGGCUGGGUGGUACACCCCGGCCUCGCUUUCUUGGACGAACAGCCAGCUUUGAUGAAUUUCUUGCCCUUCCAGACAUUAAAACGCUUCGCGAAAAUAACCCAUUAAACGGCGUUACAUCCCAAGCCCAGCAGCAGUUCCAGGAACUCAUACAUGGGCUGAGUAACGUUCAAACGUUCAAAAAGGGUGACGCAAAGAAAAAGAAACGAGCCAUCCAGCGAGUUGCGGAUCGUCAAAAAUGGGGCUUGACUACCAAACGAGUACAGCGUUAUCUAGGCCUUCGCCAGGGCAAGCAACAGUCUGUAGCCCAAGGAUUACAGAAUCUCACCUUGGGCAACUCUCGGGCAAAGCUUCCAUCCAACAUGAAGUUCGUCUGUGUCGACGUCGAGACUUAUGAGCUGAAUCACAACAUAGUCACCGAGAUCGGCAUCGCUGAAAUCGACACCUCCUCCCUCCGGGGCAUACCAGCCGGGGACAAGUCCCAGAGUUGGUUCAACCUGAUCCAGUCAUACCACUACGUGAUAAAGGAGAACUCGUGGGCCACGAACGGCCAGCAUGUAGCAAACAACCAACAGAACUUCAACUUUGGACAGUCGCAACUGGUUCCCAAGGCAAAAAUCGCCCAGCAAGUGGCUUCUCAUCUUGGUAUGCCCUCGUCGAGCUGGCCCGGUCAUAGAGACGCCUGUACUGUGCUCGUUGGCCAUGACAUAAUGGCCGAUGUAGAGCAUCUAGAGAAGAUCAACUACGAUGCGCGCAAAGUCCCCGACAUUUUUGAUGUGAUCGACACAGCGCACAUGUUUCAGCACUGGCGCCGGGAGCCCAAUGCAACCAGGUUGAGUCGCGUUCUGGAAAGCCUAGAGAUACGUCAUCGGUAUCUGCACAACGCCGGCAAUGAUGCUACGUACACUCUUCAGGCCAUGCUGGCAAUGGCCCAGGUGAUCCGACAGGAGAGUUUUGAUAGGGCCAUGGGCAAGAAGAUCGAGCGACCUUUCCAAGAGAAUGAGGUAGAUGCUGAAGGCGGCUGGAGCUCCGACGAAGCGAAUGACGGCGGCGAUCCUGUUGGCUUGCCCCGUGCAAACGGAUAUGACUCGGCUUGA